UAUUGAGGUCCAAGCAUGUAUAAAAGGCACACCGAUCCACCCAAAGAACAACAGCGGCAGAGCCCCUCACCGAGUCGCCUCAUCUCGUCUCCUGUUCCUUAUCCCCUGCUCUUCAUCUGUCUCACCUUUUAUCGAUCAGGGGUUGAGAAGAUGAGCAGGCGGGCAGGAGACUGGAACUGCAGUUUAUGCCAGCACCACAACUUCAGUAGGCGUGACUCCUGCCAGCAAUGCGGUCACCCCAGGUUGUGCAGCGGCGACUUCUCCGACUACGCCGGCCUCGGAGGCGGUCGAGGAGGGUCCUCGUUCGGUGUCGUUUCGGACGUCCGGCCCGGAGACUGGUACUGCUCAUGCGGUGGUCAUAACUUUGCGAGCCGAUCCAGCUGCCACUCGUGUGGCGCCUUCAGGGAUGAAUCCGCGGUCGGCGUUAUCGGCGGAUUCGACAAUAGUGAAAUGGCAGGCUCACAAGGUAUCACCUACGGUGGCGGCGGCUGGAAGUCCGGGGACUGGUUGUGCACCAGGUCGGGCUGCAAUCAUCACAACUUCGCUAGCAGAAGGGAAUGUUAUCGAUGCAAGGCACCAAAGGGAUGCGGAGCAUAAGCUUCAGGACAAGUCAAGAGAGACAGAGACAGAGAGGCAAGAUGACAAACCGAGAACAACGAGGACAACAUGAUACACCAGUUCUAUCUCAAGUUAUUACUUUAGUUUUACUUCGCACCCUUCUCUUGUUCCUACAAGUUUAACCAUGCUUGCACAACAUGUGUUGCUGCAGUACUUUUUCUGCAUGGGUAUAUGUCUACGUAUGUCUUCGAAAAUGGGCUUCAUGACGCAAGGUCAUCAUGAAGGUACCUUUUCUUUGGAA